AUGACCGAUUUCCGAGGACGACACAGUCAUCAUCCAGGCUCAUCUAGUGGUACUGCCGGGUCUUUCAUGGACCCCGCUAUGGACAUUAUACAUGAUGUUUUUCCAUCUUGCCCAAGAUAUGAAGAAACAAAUUAUGAUACCACUAAUAACACCACUGAUUACGAAAAGUAUAACAGACUCCUAGUGCAAGCCCACACCACAUUGUAUCCUGGGAGUGAUAAGACUGUUUUGGGUGUCAUCUUAUCACUGAUGCAAUUCAAAGUGAAGAAUAGAUUGUCCAACACGGGUUUUGAUGAGAUUUUGGCUCUUAUUAAGGACAUGCUUCCUGUUGGAAAUAACCUUCCUGAUUGUUAUUAUAAGGUGCGCAGGAUACUAAAUGACCUCGGCCUCGGUUAUAAGAAAAUUCAUGCCUGCAAGAAUAACUGCAUUUUGUUUUAUGGAGAUGAUAACAAAUUCCUUGAUAUAUGUCCCGUGUGCAAGGAAUCAAGGUAUAAACCAUCUCCUUCAUCGAAGGGGAAAAAUGUUCCUUGGAAGGUGCUUCGUUAUUUCCCGUUAAUUCCUAGAUUGAAGCGUCUCUACAUGUCUUCACGCACUGCAAAGAAGAUGAGAUGGCAUGGGAGAAAGAGGACAGAUGAUGACACUCUCAGGCAUCCUGCAGAUGGCGAGGCUUGGAAAUCCUUUGACAGAUUGUUUCCCGAUUUUGCAGCAGACUUUCGAAAUGUAAGACUUGGACUUGCAACAGACGGGUUCAAUCCUUUUGGAAAUAUGAGCUUGUCACAUAGUACUUGGCCUGUUAUUGUUUUCCCGUAUAACCUGCCUCCUGAGAUGUGUAUGAAGAAGGAGUAUAACAUGCUGACGUUGUUAAUUCCAGGUCCGCAAUCUCCAGGAAAGUGUCUCGAUGUGUAUAUGAGACCAUUGAUUGAUGAGUUGAAUGAAUUAUGGGAAUAUGGAGUAUCCACUUUUGACAGGUAUAGUCAAACUUUCUUCAAGAUGAGAGCAGUAGUGAUGUGGACCAUUAGCGAUUUUCCUGCUUACGGUAUGUUGUCGUCUCAUGUCACUAAAGGGUAUAAGGCUUGUCCAGUGUGCGGUGAUGACAUACAUUCUAGUUGGCAUGCUGGAAAGGUAUGCUACUUGGGAAGCCGUCGAUCGCUUGAUGAGGAUCACGAAUGGCGACAAGAUGCAGAAAAUUUUGAUGGCUCACAAGAGUUUCUUCCGAAACCACGGGAGUGGUCUGGUGAUCAAAUUUUAGAGUACUUGAAUGGUAUUGAUUUCGGACAGAAGAGUAGUGAUCCGAAAGUAGUGGCCAACAACCCAAAACAACCAGAUGAGAGCGGGAACUGGACGGGGAAAAGUAUAUUCUUUGAACUACCUUAUUGGUCGAAAUUGAGAAUUAGGCAUAACCUAGAUGUCAUGCACAUAGAAAAGAAUGUAUGUGAUAGUGUGUUGGGAACAAUUCUCAAUAUUAAGGAAAAGACUAAAGACACCAUCAAAGAGCGGUUGGAUCUUGAGCAUAUGAAAAUACGCCCGCAUUUAUGGCUAACACAAGAUGGAUCAACCCUGAAAAUGCCUCUUGCACCUUAUUGUGUUAAGCCCACUUUGAAAAAAAAUGUAUUCAGCUGGUUUCAUGGUGUUUCUUAUCCACAUGGGUAUGCAGGAAAUAUAUCUCGAUGUGUAAAAGUGGCAGAGAAUAAGAUACUUGGAUUGAAGAGUCAUGAUUGUCAUGUAUUGCUGCAACGUCUUCUACCGGUGGUUAUUCGACCCUAUUUGCAUCCUGAUGUGGUGGAGGUCUUAGUAGCUUUGUCGAGGUUCUUUCAGAAGUUAUGUACUAGAGAACUUAAGAAGUCAGAUGUCCUUAGAAUGAAAGAAGAAAUUGUCUUCAUUUUGUGCAAGAUGGAGAGGAUUUUCUCGCCCGCUUUCUUUGACAUCAUGAUUCACCUAAUUGAAAGGCAACUCGGGGGCUACAAGAAAUAUGUUAGAAAUAGAAGUAACCCAGAAGGGUCAAUUGCCGAGGCAUACCUUGCACAUGAGUGUGUAACCUACUGCAACUCAUAUAUCUUUAAUAAGGACGACGACACCGUAGUUGAUAACACAACUGAUGCAACAAAUGCACCUCAGUUUAAUCUCUCGGUUGUUUCAGAACUCGUGAAGCCAUUCGGAAACGUACCAUAUACAGAGAGAUUAACUAAUGUAGAACUCAUUGAGGCUCAUUGGUAUGUUCUGCAAAACUGUGCAGAAGUCAAUGAGUACAGGGAGUAUCAUCUGGACCAUAUUACAGAUGCAUAUCCUAACAGGCAUGAAGAAAGACAUAAAAAAGAGUUUCCUAAUUAUUUCCUAGAAUGGAUGUUUACUCUGCAACAACGAGGUGAUGCGCGUUACAACCCAGAAUUGCACAAUUUGGCAUGUAAACCGCAAGCUCAUCAUGUAAGUGCGGCAUGUUUUGUCAACAGUGUCAAGUUUGUGACAUUACAACGAGAUGAAGGACGAAAGACCCAAAAUUACGGGGUCAUGGCACAGGGGGAAAGCGAUCAACCUUACUACAGGGUGUUGCUCACUGUCGUUGAACUAUUAUAUGGGAAUCGUAUGCCAAUUGUGUUGUUUAAGUGUAAAUGGUUCAUCACUGACCCAAACGUUUCGACGAGUACGAAGAUGGAUCAUGGAUUGUUAUCAGUAAAUACAAACACAAGUUGGUAUGAGAAUGAUCCGUUUAUUCUUGCUACUCAAGCUAAACAAGUGUUUUAUCUUGAUGAUCCGAAUGGAGGUGCAGGUUGGAAAGUGGUUAACGUGAUGUCACAUAGAAACAUAUACUCUGCCGCUACACUUGGACUCGGUGUAGAACGAGAUGAUCAUCAUGAGGUUGAUGAACCGUAUCAAGAGGAAUCAACUUCAGAGAUUCCUGACACAGAGGAUAUACGCAUCAACAACGACGUAUAUUUUGAACAAGGAGAGCUUGAGCCAAUUUCUGAACUUGAAAUUGAAUUGGCUUUCGCAUCACAAGUCCCACCGACAGAGGACUUCAUUGAUGAUCAAUAUGAGGAUUCAGAUGCAAGCCAAGAAGAUGAUGAUGUAGAAGAUGAUGAUUCUGAUGAUGAAGACUAUGAUGAUAGCGAUUAA